CAGCAGAUGAUAGCUUUCGGGGCAUUAGUAUUGAGGCAAGGUAUGGCCCGUAUCAUGAAUUAAUAAUAUCAACUUGUUUUCACUUUGAACUAGCUUAAUUGAUGGACUAAGACAAAAUACAACGGGCCGUUAGCUCUCCAUAUCUUUCUCGUCCAUCCUUCCUCGGGCGUUUUCUGUAAUUCAUCAAAUAACCAUGGCAACUAUCAAACCAGUGGCAUUGGUGAUUGGAGCGUCUCGCGGGAUUGGACGUCAAAUUGCUAUAGACCUGGCAAAGGACGGUUAUGCUGUGGUUGUAUCCGCAAAAACAACUUCGGACGCCAGCAAAACCACCCCUUUCCCGCCCGAUCCCAACUCCCCACAAUCGACCAUCAACACCGUAGAGCGGGAGAUCCGGGAAGCGGGCGGUGAAGCCAUCGCACUGGCAGUGGACACCAGAGACGUCGACGCCAUCAAACGUCUCGUCAAACAGACUGUUGAUACCUACGGUAAACUGGAUGUCCUGGUUUACAACUCCGGGGCCAUCUGGUGGUCAUCUGUUGAGAAUACGCCUGUCAAACGGUUCCAGCUGAUGCAACAAGUUAACCCUGAAGGACUGUACGCUAGUGUGCAGGCGGCAUUACCUUAUUUUGGGAAGAAUGGGUGGAAGGGUAGGAUUGUUGUUGUGUCGCCUCCGAUUUAUUCGAGGUUUUUCAGAGGGAAGACGGCGUAUGCCAUGGGCAAGGUCGGAAUGAGCGUCCUAACCAAGGGGCUGGCGAUGGAUUUCGUUCGCCAGGGGCGGAAGGAUAUGGCCAUUACCAGUAUAUGGCCUGCUGUAUCCAUCGAAUCCGCUGCAACCAAAAGAUCGACAGACAAGGAGCCCUCACUCGCAAAAGAUUUGCGAAAACCCUCAAUAUUCUCGGCCGCUAUCCUCGGCAUACUCCAUGCCCCUACAUCCGCGGUAAACGGCCUCCUAACUCUAGACGAAGACUUCCUUCGGGAAUACUGCAACGUAUCGGAUUUCUCUGAAUAUGACGUCGUGCCAGGUUCGAAUCCAAGGCGAAUCAUGCCCGCAAAAUUACCUGUUCUGGAAGUUGCGGAGCAGGACGAUGAGGGCCGGAGAGUUGAUAGUACGGCUCUGAGAAUUGCGGAAGGGAAGUCGAGGCUGUGAUUUGAUUUGUUUGAAUUUGUGGCUUAUGACAGAGCUAUCUAUCUGUAUAAUCAUUCUUGCCCUUUUAACCAGCCAAUUUUCCCUCCGGAGGAGGUGGUAGUUGGGUGGUGAUUAGUUGGACUAUGGUUAUCAGCAUGGAGACCUAAUAUGUGCAACUGGUGGGUAAGAAGAUAAAUCAGUCGAGUUUGUGGCGCUCGUCAUUGCCACGGACGUACGUGUACCUCCCUGGCGUUUUGCAGCUGUUCUCCGGUUGGGGGGGAAAUCGAUAGAACCCAUGGAAUACAAAUUUUGCUCAAAGGAAUAUGAUUUCAUUAAUUUCUUAUGGCAAUCAUGCAGCCCCUGCGCGCAGAUGCUAAUUAAUGAUCCAACGUAUUGUCAUCAGAAACAGAAGUUGUCAUAGGACUGAGCUGGAACAUGGCGUAUGUAUCCGUCCCAGUUACCUCUCUAUCCUCCCUAUCACUAUUUGGUUUUCCCACUUUCAGUGCAACGGAAUCCAACACUCUGUCAA